GCAAGCUGGUUUAGUGGUAGAGCACAGGACUUUGAUUCCUGAGGCCCCGGGUUCAAAUCCCGCCAAAUCACCAAUGGGUUUUAUCUAAGUGAUAUGUUAAUGCUGCAACCCCAGGGCUAGCCUGAAGUAAUGUGAAAAACCACCUAGGGCUCAUGUCCUUGGCUAGCGUCCUAAGGCAAAACAUAUAUUUACCGGCAUGCAUUAUCUAUAAGUUAUCUUUCCAAAAAUGUUGAUUUUGACAACAUUUUCACUCCAACAUCUAAGUCGUUUAAGACAUAUGAUGUUUGGCUCGGAAGGCGACUGCAGCGGUCUACUGACCCUCCACUACGGCAAGCACCAUACGUCCCUAGUCUCGGAGAUCCGGCAGUGGUUCGACGCAGAGAGCUUCGCAGACGUGAGGCUCCUGUGUCGUGGAGGCACGCUGCUGGCUCACCGACUGGUGCUGGCGAGUGCGAGUCCGCUGCUGUGCAGGAUCCUGCAGGACUGCGGUCGAGGCGAGCCCACAGUCACAGUGCAGUUGCCAGACAUAUCAUUCACCAACAUGAAGUGCAUGCUGGACUUCCUGUACACCGGCCAGGCCUGCGUCAAGCCUUCCGAGAUCCAAGGAGUUGUUGAGCUGUUCGAUCUUCUAGAAAUAAAAUCAGAGAUUUGGGGAGGGAAACCAUUGAGCACAGAGCCCCAAGGAAACAGCACGAAAGAAUCAGAAGAGAAGACGAGCUGGAACUCCGAAUCGAGCGGACAGGAGGAAUCUAGUGUUCAAGAAAAUGUGGAGCCGAAUAGUGCGAAAGAAUGUGUUAGUGCGAGUGGUGAAAGUACUAGUCUCUUAUGUGUGACUGCGACAGUCAAAACUGAAGUGGAAGUGGACGUAGAUGUUUGUUCGGAAGAACCAGUGAAUGAAAAAAGAAGAAGAAGGAGUAGUAGUUCCUUAUUUCCAGUUAAUUUAUCCUUAAGUAACCCGGACAAUAAAGACCAUUCUAAUUUAAAUUCACCUGUUUCGGAUAAAGACUCGAGGUGUACAGAUUCUCCAAGAAAAAAAUCCUCUUCGCUCACAGAAGCAGGUAGUGGAGAAGAAUCUCAACCCGAAGUGACGCUUAAAACCACCGCCCACAUCUUUAGCGAACAGUUACAUCUCAAAAGAAAAACUCGGUACAUGGAAGACUACCGGACACACGUAGAAGACGACGACCCUCGGAAGCUGCCUGAUGAGGUCAUCAACCAGCCAGCACCGGAGAACUAUGUCGUUACGCCACACAGGAAGCGGAGACCAGGCUUCCACAAUGCACCUGCACAAAACCCACCUUUUGUCCCGUUCUCACCCUGCUACAUCGAAGAGAUCUCAUACCGACCCAGAAGUAACAACCAUCCCUUAAGUUCCUCAGCUCCCCCAUACCUCAUGGACAACUCGUCCAAGUCCAACCUACACCUGCAGUUGCCAGGCGCUGUGGACGACCUGAAGUAUCGUCCGCCCAGUGGAGAUGGUCAUCCCUCCAUGUCCCCACGGUCCAACAGCUACCCCUUCGGAGUGGGCAACGCCUCAGAGGGCUCGUGGGGUCCCUGGGCCAUUUGUCAGGCUCAGGUUGGUCAGGCCCCAUCUAGGAGUGAGGAACCACCCAACCCAGGUGGUGAGGAGAUGGAAGCCAGCGGCACGCCGGGCAGCAAGCCAACACCAACACGAGAGUAUCGCUGCGAGUACUGCGGCAAACAGUUCGGCAUGAGCUGGAACCUCAAGACACACCUCCGCGUCCACACAGGGGAGAAGCCUUUCGCGUGUCGUCUCUGUGUAGCGAUGUUCAAGCAGAAAGCGCACUUGUUGAAACACUUGUGUUCCGUACACAGAAACGUGAUCUCGGUCGGUGGUGGAAACAGUGAUGGAGACACGGGACAUUUUAACUGUUGUUUUUGUUCAUUGACGUUCGAGUCGUUGCCCGAACUUAUACGACACUUGUCAGGUCCUCACAAUAAUCUUCUCCUUAGUAAAAACCUUCACGAUUAAUCGGAAGUGUUCACUCAAAUUUUCCAACAUGACACUUUUCAAAAGGUGAAACCUGAAAAUGUUACGAUUUAAAGCUUUAGAGUCCAUAGAUACAUGGUAUUUAGAUCUCAAAGAAAAGUUUAGGUAUAGGAUUUACUAUCUGAGAUACCUUUUACACAUACUUUCUAUAGUACGAGGAUAUAAAGUAAGUCUGUGGCUCAAUUGACUGACUGUGAAACCGAGGUUGUGAUGUCUUGGAUUUACUUUCCCGUGACAUAUUUUGAAAUUCAUCAGUACUUUUCAUUCUUGUAGUGUACCAGCCCCACCUCUUGCUUCGCCUAUCACAUACUGGCCUCUGGGUCUCAGGGCCACUUUAGUAAAUGGGCCCGGACCCAGGGCUCAAGAGGUUUUAGGAAUGUUAGGGACGUAAGGAAAAGAAUCAAUCAAUCAAUUAUUUGAGAUGAGGACGUCACCUAGGUGCGUAUUUUAACCCAAAUAUGAGUGAAGGAUGAUUGUAGAAUGGUGUGAAAUGAUCCGUGUAGCUUUGUUACUGACUAAGAUCAGCAGGUUCAUCAGUCAGGAUCAUAUUGAAAGCCCAAUGAUCAGGAACAGCUGGGCCUGGUUUUGAACCAUCAAAAAGCUACUAACUUUUCGAUUGUUAGGCGAACACUUUAGAAAGAUUCCCAUGCAAGUAAGGGGCACAAUUCUUGGAACCAUGGCGUGUAACAAGCAAGUCACGGGCCUGCUGGGUCCCAUAUAAACGGGCAGAAGCUUAAAACAGAAAGAAAUAAACCUCUACAGCAAUGGUUUUGAUUUCUGCAGUCGCAUGUGGUUUAGAUGAGUACGCAGACUUACUUUUGAAUUGUGAUAGAAUAUGCAGUAAUCAAAUUGUUGAACUUGAAUGUUCAUUAAACUUAGUAAAAAAAAUAGCAACUCUACAACUUAAUUAUUUUUUCUACUAUCUUAUGGUAACUAAAUUUUUAUGUAUGACAAACUAAGUAAAAACCGUUAACAAAAAAUCAAUUAAAUGGAUAUUUAACUAUAAGUUAUUGAAUUGUGAUUUUUUUAGGUUUCGAUAAAAAUACCCUUUGUACAGAAUGAACAAAGUGAUCUCAUGCAAUUACCUAAUUGUAGAUCUCAUUAUCAAACAUGAGAAGUUGUCAUUUUGGAAAAUUUGGAUUCUAUUUUGGGCAUUCAAUAAAACUAUCAGAGUAAGUUUAUAUAAUUAGUCAUGUGAUUUUAUAUUGUGCUAUGUAACUUCCAUGGUUUCUUUAUUUACUGUGCAUCACUUUAUAAUGUUGAUUAACUUUAUUCCUUUUUAACCGCACAUCACCUUCUAAGUUUAGCACCAUCUUUCUUUAUGAUCAAAGUAUUCUGACAAUAUCUAGGUUUGCAUGAUUGUGACAAUAAUAGGAAAUAAAGAAAUCCUAAUUAGUGCCUUAAAAAGACUAUUUCACAAUUUAUAUAUAUCAUGAUAUAAGAGGCAAAUAUUUUGUCCAUGAAAAAAUAAUACGUCAUGUCAUCAUUGACUUUUGGAUACUGAAGUAGACAUCCCAUCUUUAUGAACUAGCUAUUGUUUUGUUCAAAAAGAACUUAGUUAUAUAAAUUUUCAUCACUCUCUAUUUGAAAAUAGUCCAUUUCCAUACAGCUGAGAUCUUCGAAAAUCGUCAAAUUCCAUACUGCAAAAACAAAUAGUGAUCAGCUGAUUAUUCCUGAUAUAAACAUUAAUUUCACUACACAAACAAUACUUUGACAUCAACAAAGUUACAACUGAAGUUCCCGGUUAGCUUUGGCAGUUUUUUUAUGUUCAAUCAGCUAAAUUUUACACUAAAAUUAAUUGUAGGUACAGCCGUAUUGUGUUUUGAUUAGAAAAAUGAAUAGCCUAGAUUACGAAAUAUCGGAUAAAGUUUGAUGAAGUAGUUUUUUUCAUUGUUAUGAGUAUCGUUCGAUACUCGUCACGAAAGUUCCAUUUCGGGGCUCGAUAAUGUUUCCCAUGCUCGUCUUCGACUCGCAUGUAAAACACUAUCUCGGCCCGAGAUGGGUCACUUUCGUGACUAGUAGUGAAAUAUACUAUUACUGAGAUUGUUAUUGUGACAAAAGAUGCAAUAGCUUACAAGAAGUCGUCCUAAGAGUUUGAUUCGGUAAAAAAGUUGAAGCAUCAAUACAAAACAAUAAUUAACAUCCACACACUCUACUGUUCAAGUCCAUUUUGAUUCUAUAACUGGCAAAAACUUUAUCAAGGUGAUGCGAUGUCUAGUUCUACCAACACGUUAAAGAUCUUAGUCAGUAUACUUAAUUAGUCUAAUAGUUGUAGAAUGAAAUUACUUUAAGCAUAUUUUUCUUUCUGCAAAUCCAAUGAUAUGUUCUACAUAGAUGAAACUAUCACACAUAUGUGGCGCUUUAUCUUUUUAAUAAAUACUGCUAUAUUUUAAAUGAUUUGCAACCGACACACACAUAUACUGUCCCACCUAUCUCCUCAGUUUGACAAUAACUAUGUUGUCAUCAUUUAGAUAGGCAAUCAAAACUUAAUUGUUUGUUGGUUAAAUCAAGCUUGAAAAGCAUGAUAAUUGAUGUAUUAAAUUUUAGCAACUAGAUUUUUAAAUCCGUAUGUUUAAUUCAGUACUGUAAAGCAUUUACGUUUUUCACUAUAUAGCAAUAUAUAGCCUACUUUAAACUUUUUCUGUGUUUUUUAACUGUUUUAAACUAACAAAGAACUGUGAUAUUAAAAUGUGAAAAUAUUUAUUAAAGUGGAAAAAGUCCUGAAUGUCUAUCGUUUGUAAAUAAAUUUACUUGUAAAAUAAGUGUGUAGUUGUACAAAUACUAGCAUUUUUUAUGUCGCUAGAUUUAGUUUGUAUUAGGCCAUUUUCACUCUUUUUCAUGAAACACAUUUUAUUUUCUUCCCAAGAGAUUUACAAAAUAUUUUGUGGUUACCAAUUAAUACAUAAACAAUUGAAAAACUAUGUAGAAUCUGUUUAACAAUAAUAGUAUAUUAGGUUACUAGCCCGGUAAGUGGUGUUUUACCGUGCGAGCACGACAGUUUUUCGUGCGAGUAUGGUAAAGCUUACUGUGCGAGUAUUGUACGAUACUUGACACCAUACUACACGGAAAAAUUAGUACAUUUUAAACUCAUUUUACAAUUUAUUUAGGACACAACAUAAAUUGUAAUAUUUUUAUAUUUCAGAAAACAAAAUAUGCCGUUGCAAUUAGCUGUUUAUUUCACCAGCUGACCAAGUGCAGUAAAAUUACAUUACAUUACUUUUCCGUGUGUAGGCAUGGCAAAGGGCAACUUUCUAGCCUAUCAAUAUGGAUGGAAAAGUAUCAGUUUCUGUGUAGUAUGAUGUAAACAUAUUUUUCGUUAAACAUAUAACCAUAGACAAAUAGAAUAAAUAAACACUGUCAAAGGAAGGUUCCGGCGCCCACCGCUAGGAGUGCCAUGUAGUUACGGCGCACACUGCUGCAGCUGAGGAGAGCAGGAGCCGUAUGCUACCAGCAGACACUGCAGCGGUGUGCGCCGUAACUACAAGACACUCCUAGCGGUGGGCUCCGGGACAUAUGCUAACCACAGCACUGCUGCCGGUCUAUAUUCAUUCUAUUUGUCUAUGAUAUAAGUAAGGGGUAGAGUUAGUCAUUGUUGCCUAAUUUUGGUGCAAGAAGCAGGAACUCAACUUAAAAAAACCUCCAAAUCUUACCUAGGAAUGGUACAUCUAUUUAUUCUUAAAUUUUUCAAACCACAUUUUGACACACCAUAAAACAAGUGCUGUAAACAUUUCUGACUUUUGGGGAAAAGAUCAAUUUUUUACGGUACACUGAAAAACUUUUGAAAUCAGAAAAUUUAACAAUUAAUUUAACAACUAUUAGCAUUCAUUGCAUUGUUGUAAAUUUGAAACACAUGUUGUAUACUUCAGUAUAAACUUGUAUUUUAACACUGACUGUUAGAAAAUGCAUACCUAACCUUAAAGUCUGGAAUCUUGAAAAUGUGUGCUGAAGUUUCUUUAGGAUCUGAGGGAGCACUGAAAUCGGUUUUAACGUCUACCCCAUGAAAAAUGAGCGUUUUAAGAUCCAGUCAAUAUUUUUAACGUCCUCGAAUUGCUCGGAAAACUUACCAGAAGUGUAAAAGUAGCUUAACUUGUUGUACUUUUAUCUGAUAAAAAAUAUUGUAUAGCUCUCAAUCUUGCUAAGCAAGGUACAGAAGCAUCAUAAAACAAUUAUUACUAACCAUUAACUUGUUUUUGAUUAUACAAUCCUUUAAGUUGGGCCCUGAAUUGAAUAACUCUUACUCUAAAUACUAACUAACAGAGUAACAGAGCAAAACCCUAGCAUUCAGUAUACACAAAAGUAUGCAAAAAUCCCGUUUAACAAGUAUUAAUAUUGUGAAUAAGAUAAUAAUUACUCUUCUUUUAAACUUAAAAUAAAGGUACAAGAAAAGUUGGCUGCCAAAAUUCUACAUUGCACUACUACAUAUCUUAUUAAUAAUGCUUCUACGCUCUUUACACAAAAAUAAUUGUUUAUGUAUUUAUUGGUAAACUUUUAACUAAAUACAAUAUUUUUUGUAGUCUUAUGAAAGUUAAUGGAUGUUAAUCUCUUAUUAUGAUUUUGUAUAUCUGUUAAGUAAUUUGGUCGUUAAUAUUCUGUAAUUUCUAUGUUUUAAAUCAAUGUCAAAUCUUUUUUCAAGCAUAAUUUUAAAUUGUGUUAUUUCAUACAAAAGUGUUAUCUUAAUAAAUGAGAUUGUGUACUUACCAGUAUUUUAAAUUUAAUCUAGAACUGGUGAAUUAAUUUGAGUUAUUUCAAUAGAAGCAAACACCAUAAAUGAUUUAGAAAAUUUUAAAUUUCCAAAGAUUUGUAAAGAAAAGGCCAGUAUAGUUAAUAUGAUGUUACUAUAAUGAUCGCCAACUUAAAUAUUUUUCAACAGUUUUAGAAUUUUACAGAUGUCACUGUUUACACAAAUUGUAUUUUUAAAUUGAAAAAGAAUGAUUGACACUAAUAAUUUAUUGUAAUGUAAAUAACGUUUAGUCGUAAGUAGGAUUUUCAUUAAAACUAAGAAAUACGAAGUAAUUUUGCAAGUACAAAAUAAUUGUAACGAUCAUAAUACAAUGUGUUCAUUCUUAGAUUAGUUGUCACGUUGUUGCCUUAUGUAAAUAGAUAAUAAAGACACACACCCCUA